AUGGCUGGCUUGGUUCCUCCCGCUGCCUCAUGCCCCGCCCUCCUGCUGAUGACCCUAAUGGCCAUAACUCUGGUGACCUCCAGCUACCCUCAGCCACGCCUCCGACCCAUACACAGAGGCACCUCUCCAGGCAAUCCAGGAGACAAGAGGGAAGAUUGGGAGGUUCUCUGGCCCUCCAUCUUGCUCCGUGAUUGGAGCAUGCAGAUGAUGUCAGCCCCAGACUUUGGUGUGGCCAAGAGCAAGGCGGAGCUCCUGGGGGAGCAGUGGCUCCCAAUGGUGGGCCAGUCGCAGAUGGACGAGGACAUGGCCAAGGGCUGGCUGGGUGACUGGGAUCUGCAGGGAUCUAACAAUGAGGACAAGAGGAACAUCAUGGUGGCAGAUGAUGCAGCGUUCAGGGAGAAGAGUAAGCUGCUAACCGCCAUUUAG